AUGCAAUCGAAUGACUAUAUAAAACUACAAGUUUGUCCAGUUGAUGAUAGCACCAGUUCGAAAUCAACUGUCGGUGCAGCGAACCUUUCGUUUAUCAUCCGCGAUGAAGACCAUACGUUAGGCAAUUCACUCCGAUAUGUGAUCAUGAAAAAUCCAGCGGUCGACUUUUGUGGAUACACUAUACCUCACCCAUCGGAAUCGAAAAUUAACUUUCGAAUUCAGUCCAAAGUGAACGAAGAUUCAACAGCUGUACCCGCUCUUGACAUAUUUCGACAAGGCUUAGUGGAUUUGAAACAAAUGUGUUCGAUUGUGUUAGAAAAAUAUGAAGAAAAUGUCAAGAAUUUCAAAGAGAUGGAAACGAAUUAA